UGCUCUUCAUGGAAGCGAUGUCCCCCCAGCAGGAGACUCUAGGGGGGCAGCCGGGGCGCUCCUCUUCCCUGACAGGAGUGUCUCGGCUCGCAGGCGGCUCCGGCACGAAGAAGAAAAUGAAAACACUAGCAGAAAGGAGGAGGAGUGCUCCAUCUCUUAUCCUGGAUAAAGCCCUGCAAAAGCGGCCCAGUACCAAAGAAAGUCCUUCUGCUAGCCUGGACACAUGUGCGUUUCUGUCAUCGUUUGUGUGCUCCAGUCGGACUCUGCUUAUCGAUGGCCGGGUCGAACUCAAAAGAGGCCUGCAGAGGCAGGAGCGGCAUCUUUUCCUGUUCAAUGAUCUGUUUGUUGUGGCCAAAAUCAAAUAUAACAAUAACUUUAAGAUAAAAAAUAAAAUAAAAUUAAGUGACAUGUGGACAGCAAGCUGUGUGGAUGAAGUGGGAGAAGGCAACACCAAUGCCAUGAAAUCCUUUGUCUUAGGCUGGCCCACAGUGAACUUCGUGGCCACUUUCAGUUCUCCAGAACAGAAGGACAAAUGGCUCUCUCUCCUUCAAAGAUACAUCAAUCUAGAGAAAGAAAAGGACUACCCGAAGAGCAUUCCCCUCAAAAUCUUCGCCAAGGACAUUGGGAAUUGUGCCUAUUCUAAAACUAUAACAGUAACGAAUUCAGAUACAGCAAAUGAAGUUAUCAACAUGUCACUACCAAUGCUAGGGAUAACUGGCUCUGAGAGAGAGUACCAGUUAUGGGUCAAUUCUGGCAAAGAAGAGGCACCAUACCCACUUAUUGGGCAUGAAUAUCCCUAUGGAAUUAAAAUGAGCCAUCUUCGAGACACUGCACUCCUGACACAAGGAUCAAAGGACUCCUCCACCCCUUCCAACUUCCAAGAGCCCUUCCUCAUGGAGCAGCUGCCCCGAGAGAUGCAGUGUCAGUUCAUCCUGAAGCCCAGCCGCCUGGCGGUGACCCAGCAGCUGAGUGAUUCAGGUCAGAAGACAUUUAAAAGGAGAAGAUCUAUCAUAAACUGGGCCUUUUGGCGGGGUUCUAGCAUUCACCUGGAUAACUUGCCUGUGUCACCAACAUCUCCUAUCCCAGGACAGCUCUUCGGGGUUUCUCUGCCAGAUAUUUGUGAGAAUGACAAUCUGCCCAAAGCUGUCUUGGAUAUGCUUUUCUUUCUUAAUCAGAAAGGACCUCUCACAAAAGGCAUCUUCAGACAGUCGGCCAAUGUGAAAUCCUGCAGAGAGCUGAAAGAAAAACUGAAUUCCGGAGCUGAAGUACAACUAGACUGUGAAUCUAUUUUCGUAAUAGCAUCUGUCUUAAAGGAUUUUCUACGAAAUAUUCCAGGAAGCAUUUUCUCAUCAGAUCUCUAUGAUCACUGGGUCUGUGUAAUGGAUCAAGGAAAUGAUGAAGAGAAAAUAAAUGCAGUUCAAAGGCUAUUAGACCAGCUUCCGAGAGCCAAUGUUCUUCUCCUAAGGUAUCUUUUUGGGUUAUUACACAACAUUGAGCAACAUUCUUCAUCCAAUCAGAUGACCGCAUUUAACUUAGCAGUGUGCAUCGCCCCAAGCAUCCUUUGGCCUCCUACUUCCUCCAGCCCAGAACUAGAAAACGAAUUUACAAAGAAGGUUUCUCUGCUUAUACAAUUUCUGAUUGAAAACUGCUGUCGGAUAUUUGGAGAAGAAAUCACUUCCCUCUUGGGAGAGGUUUCAGUGAGAUGUGAUACUAGAGAGAAUGCCUCAGAUCUCUCUUGCUUCCAGCUGAAUGACUCCUCCUAUGACAGCUUGGAAAAUGAGCUGAAUGAGGAUGUUGACGCCCCAUGUAGUGACUUGGUAAAGAAACUCGGUCAGGGUAGCAGAAGCAUGGACUCCGUGUUAACCCUCAGUGACUAUGACCUCGACCAGCCUGAGGUGGAAGGCCUUUUAACCCUGAGUGACUUUGACUUAGCCCGUUCUAAAGAUGAAGAUAUUCAAAUGGGACAGCCCCUCGAAUCCAAGCCAGUGGACACUGCAGUGUACACCAAGGCCCCACGCGCCCAGGCCCCCUCUGGCCUGAGCACACCCAGCCGCCUGUCCACAGCUGCCGCAGAUGCCCCCAAGGGCCUGAGGCGACACCGCCGCUGCUCUGAGCCCAGCAUCGACUAUCUCGAUUCAAAGCUUUCCUAUCUCAGGGAGUUUUAUCAGAAAAAGCUACGCAAGUCCAGCUGUGAUGCCAUUCUCUCAAAAAAGGAUGAGAGCCAUCUGAAUCAGAAUCAACCCCUUCAGGAAGGGGGUAAGACAUGUUUUAAAAAGAGUUUGGUCACAGGCACUGAUAGCAAGAAAAAUGCCCCUAGUAAAAAUGUUAAGAAGAAAAGCUUGUCUGAUAAUGAGGGAAGUCAUGUAAAACAUUUUCCUAAAUCCAAGCCAGUAGCCAUUUCCGUGGCAUCUUACAGUCACAUGUCCUCCUGUGAUCAUCCCAGGAGCCAGCCCUUUGACACGGAUACAUCCGAAUACUCCCCACCACACACUGCAGACGCCCUCAAGAGUUCAAGGAGGCAACGGCGCUGCUCGGAGCCCAGCAUUGAUGACGGGCACUGCAGACUGACCUAUCUCAGGGGGAUUUACCCAAAGCAGCAGCAGAAAGCCGGCUAUGAAGCCAGUCUCUUGCAUGGAGAGGAAGAUUAUCUCAAGCGACACAAGUCUUUACAAAUGGAGGGGCAGAAGCUUAUUAAUCAGAGCUUGGUCAUGGGGAUUGAGGUGGGCAAGAGCAGUGCCGCAAACCAAAGCGCUGAGAAGGCUUUACCCCCACGCUUAAACCUCUGCUCAAGGACUAGCUACUCCAGCCUGUCCUCCCCAGGCACUUCCCCAUCUGGAUCCUCACUGAGUUCCCAAGACAGUGCUUUUUCUCAGAUUUCCGAGCACUCUGUGUUUACACCCACUGAAACGUCCUCUCCGAUAGACUGUACUUUUCAAAGAAAACAGGCAGAGCUUUCUUCUGACUUUAGCAGCUCUGGCCUCAUUUCUGGAAUUCCUGGUCCCUCAUCAGGGCAGGCCAGCGGCCGCCUGGCUUAUACGAAAAAGGACAGUGUAGAGUGGCAUUCACACAUGCAUUCUGUAACUCUUCACCCCAGCACGUGGUUGAAGAGUGGUGUGGCCAGUUUGAAAAACUGGUCUCUCAAAAAGAAGGCAAGGGCACCCAGACCAGAGGAAAGUAAAGCGGGUUCUCUGAAAGGGCCCACGGAUCCUCCUGCACAUGCUUCUGGCCUUCCGGAAGCCGUCACACUGCAAGAGAGGCAGAAAGACGUGCCCCAAAGGGCAGCUGAAGAACUGGGAGCUGUACAGACGGCCCACUGGUACAGUUCCUACCCCAGCCAGGACUCAGAGAAACACUGUAGCUCUCCGUUCAGCCUCAUGGAAGACAGACUUGGGCUUCGUAUGAAGUCGCCUGAGGAAGGAGAGGAUGGCGGGCAGUGCUCUCCUGGAACGCUGCCACAGAGAAGGUCCUCCCCCGGCUCUUUGACUGUGGAUGAUGCAUCCAGCCCAGGCUCAGGGCCGCCCGUGGUGUGUGAUGCUGAGGACAGGCAUUUGGCCAAAGACAUUUAACCACCAUAAGAACCUGAUGUCUACAAAGACAGAAACAGGCUGAUAAUGAUACAACAAUUACUAUGACCCCUUUGUAUAAAAUACCUGGGUUGGGUAGCAUAAAGGUAAUCAUUGCUAAUACUUAGGACAACAAAAGAAUUCUCUUUCUUGAGACUAUUUGGCCAAAAGUUUAGACUAAAAAAUUCUGUGACCUCAGUGUUUGGGAGGCUUUUCUGUAUUAAAACAUGGAUGGAUCAUGUCAUGCAUUUUAAGAGCCAUGAGCAAACGGCUAGAGAAAGCAUCUUCUGUAGAGGAAACUUGCUGUGUAUGAUGAGAUUAGUUCCUGAGUAAGCCAGUAGAUCAGAAGCGAAGAACAGGAAGUGUGGAGAGAGAGGGAAGGCUGCAGAGAAACCACUCACAUUCUGUGGAAUGUUUUUAAUGAGUAGGCCAAAAUAAUGCCACUAGUCAAAACUAAAGAGGUAACACAUCUGAUAAUAAAGAAAAUUAUGUGAAACUUUUCCCCAAAUCCAAACCAGUGGCCAUUUCCAUGACAUUUUAUAUUCAGUCACAUACCCUCACAGCAUCAUUUCAGGUAUCUGCCCAUUGGUGGCAACCAGAGAGGAAAAAACUGAAGUGAUUUGAAAGCCAUGAGUACCAUGAUAUUGUAGGUGGUUUUGUUUUUUGGUGUUUUUUUUUGUAUUGGUUGAGUUUUUCCACCAGUGUUUCGUGCUCCACAGAGGCUCCACUGCGCACUGCUGUGAGGAGAAAGAAGGAGACGACUGCUUGCUUCCGUGUCUUUCCAAGGUGCCUGAGCUCGGAACGUUCUCCUGUUAUAAGACGGCCUUCCCCCGUGUUCACUGUCUUAGUGUGGAGGGAAAGACUGCCAGAGUGGUCCUGUCUCUUACCCAGUUGCUGCUGCAAACAUGUGAUCAAACCAUGGCUCCUCUUUGCUGAAGUGUUUUUCUGUUCCUUACCUCUUAGUCAGCCAGAAAACAUUCCUGAUAAGUCAUCCCUUUACUGAUGGUCAUUUGCCAGUUGAGAGAACAGUUUUGAGGUUGGUGGGUUAUGAAGAGUCACAGAAUGGAGGAGCUCUCAGGCCUUCUUUUCGACAGUCUUUGGCUUCGGAUUAUCUUACCUCCAGAAGUUUUUGCAUAUUUUUUGUUCCAAUAGUUCACAGUGUAUACCCCUGUUGAUUUAUUUCAUAUUGACGGACAUUUCCCCUCUCUCUUGCCUUAAAGAUUACACCAGUACAUCUCCUGGGUUAUUUCCUGGGAUUAUUAGGCCUGGCCAGCCAGUGUGAUAUGAUAGAAUCAGAAAUGGAUGUGCUUCUUCCUUCAUUUUUAAAUACUUAUAAGAAGUUGCCUAGAGCCCAUUGAGUUCGAUAUCAGAUGGACCUUCCCCCCACAAUACUUGCUUCUAUCAAAUUAUUUUCCUCAGCCACCCAGAAGCUUUCAUGUCAAAUAUUUUCUCAAUGUUGUCCUAAAGGUUGCAUUUUUCACUUAUAUAAAAAAAUAAUGUUUUCUGUAAGAGAGAAGUCCUUUCAGUAUUAGCUACAGGUGCUACCUACCUCUAGGGGACAUGGCCCUAUUUGUCGUAAGCAUUGUAAUUAACUUUUAGAACUCUCUCAAAAGAGCUCCUUUAUGACACUGGCCAUCUCAGUCACAGAUGUGAAGUAGAUUUUACCUUUUAACUAACCACUCCUAUAUUUAGACUCCUAAGUGUCCAUAUACAUCUUUUGUGGUAUGAUAUAUAAAGGCAACAGGGAUUCCCCUCACCCUUAGAGCAUACUACUGCAGAACCGCAAGAUGUGAAUGAAGAUGUGAAAGCCACUCUUACGGCUUGGAGUGUCUUUCCAGAAGAAAUUGCUUCUCUGCUUAACAAAAUAAUAGUUGUAUCCUUUUUUUCUUUCAUAUUGGUGGUUAGGAAACCAUCUACUCAGUUUGAAGCAUAGAAGAUGCUGAGGUUCUUCCGUAACCAUUCCUGUCCUCUGUGUUCCCUUAGAUACUUCUGUAACAUUUAAUGUGAAUAAUUAAUAUUGCUGUAAAGUAUUAUAUUGUACGAUUUGAAGACAGACUACAUGUCAUUUUAUUAUACUUCAUCAAUCUAUAAUAUAUUAGACCAAUGCUUUAUCUAAAAUGCUUUGAGUUUGUAUAAUAUAUCUUGACAAAUUUUACUACCAUAUGUUAUGUAAUAAAUGUGUAUUUUUGUACUUGCAGAAACUGCUGCUAACUUUUAAAGUUGUUUGGUUUUAAAGGCACUGAUUAUGGAUAUGUAUGAAGUCCAUGCUGUCUGUUAAAUAAAACAUCAUCCUUCAGAGUUAACAAUC